UGUCUGAACGCUGCACAAGAAAACUGAAGACGUUCCAGGUUUUAAAGGGUUAAUCCUCGACUUUGGAGGAUCUAAGGCUGCAAACUGGCUCAUAUGGGGUUCAACAUUUCUGUUAUGAUUCUUCGGGGCCAAACACAGACGAGCUUUAAAAGUGAUCAGUAAAAUCUUGAAUCGAUUCUAAGACAAACAAAGUGAGACGUGAAUUUUGGGGCGAUGUGAUGUCGUCUGUUUAAACCAUUAGAGCAUUAUCUUUUCAAAGGGAGGCACAAAGAGCUUAAUAUAAAACCAUUAUCACCAGUGUCUGCUGCAGAAACCUGCGCUGCAAGCAUCCAUAACAGAUGUUGACUUUUGUCCCUCAGAACCCAGAGCUGGUGGCUCGUCUGGAGAAGAUCAAAGCCAAACUGGCCAAUGAGGAAUACAACCGAAUCACACGUAACGUCAACACUCAGGAAGUCAACCGCAGUGGGACAUUAGCAGAUUUUGGUCGGCAAGUGCGAUCGGUCAAAGCGGUGGUGGCGACUGUAUUCAACUUCCUGGUCACAGUGGUUGCUGCUUUCGCCUGUUCGUACAUGGGGAGUCAGUACCUGUUCGCUGACACAGCAGCGCGAGUAAUAGCAGCUGUGAUCGCUGCGUCUGUAGUCGGGCUCGCUGAGCUCUACGUGCUGGUCCGGACCAUGGAGGGGGAACUCGGGGAACCGUAGCAGCUGCACAAAAAACAACGAGGGAAACAAAAACUGCAGCAGCACUCAAAGCAGAGCGCUGCUGAGUCAGCUGAUUCAGGACAGACGUCUCACUCUGUCAUGAAAACUGUGGACUUUUUGCCUUUUUAUUUGACAGGAAACAUUGGUGUAAUUUUCAAGUUUGAUUAAACUCACUUAAUUUACAAAGUGAUACUUGUUGCCCUAAAGGGAAACUGGGACAUCACAAGAACGCAAAAUGGUUUAAAAUAACUGAAUGUCUUUUAUUUGACAUUUUCAAAUAUUAAUACUGCGUUAUGUGACGUUCCACCUGCCCAGGUUUUGUUUAAAGGUAAACUAUGCAGGUUUGUCAUUUUGUAAACAUGGUUCUCAGCUAAACUUCAGCCAACAUCAGAUUCACUAUUGUUUCGGGUUCAGGUUACUUUAUUUGUAGAUUUAGGUAGAUUUGGGUUGCAGUAAAAAGUAUAAAGACAUCCAGACAGACAACAUACAGGAUAAAACAUGACAAAAAGAUGCAGGAUAAAAC